AUGUACUUUUAUGUAUUCAUUCUAGCCCUUUCUGAUGAGUGCCUCCGUCUUCUGAACUACACUAUGGGCUUAAUUAUCGUGGCGGUCAUAGACGCAUUCCACUUUGAGGUGGCUGAGGUUGGUGAAGCUCUACGAGACGAGGGAACAAAUGAACUACGAAUCAGUAUCCGUGAUAAACUCAACAAGGAUUUACUGCCGAAGCUUACGAAAUGCAUAAAUGGGAAGUCGGCGGAGUUGGGUGUACAUCGCAAGGCUCGAACGGCAACAACGAAGUACUACAGCGAAGAUGAUGACAUCCAAAGAGCACCAGUAGCGCUGGCGAUGGUGAAGUUGCUGCAGAAAGUCCCGGACAGCAUUCGCUCGCAAUACUUGCAUGGAGUUGUUUUGAAACUAUGCUCACUAAUGAUCUCUCGCUCAAUGAAUGUUCGUGAAACUGCUCGAAAAGUUACUGUUCAAGUAUGUGAAUGCCUUGGUCCACGAUACCUGCCGCUAAUAAUCAAGGAAAUGAAGUUGAUUAUGAACAAAGGAUUCCAGAUUAUAGUACAAGAACAAUUUACUGUGGUUGCCGAGGAAAAGGAAGUAGGAGAGAUCAAGGCAGAAGUAAGUGAAGCAAAGAAGAAUCCUACUCCAGGAACACUAUUGUUGCUUGGACGAUACGUCUCCUCAUCUGCUGUCGGUGUUUUAUUGAAACGUUUCAUGACGGUAGUAGACUCCUUAACAUCGUCGAAGAUGAUCUCUCGGGCUAAAAAUCUGCUUUCUAUGUUUGCUAAUGGUUUGAAAGACAAUAAAGGCUUUGCUCCAACAUCACAACUCAUUCUUAUCCAUCAAAUGCUCAUUACGAAUAUAGAGAAGAUGAAGACUGUCUCUGGAAACGAGAAAGAUACAUCCGAAUACCUCGAAGAGGAACAUAAAAGCUGUCUGCUUCUUCCUCCGGUAUAUUCUCAAAUUAAUUAAGG